UCAUAGUGGCACUUGUUGAAUUUAAUUAUGAUGCGGGCGAGCUUCUCUACAAUAUAAUGAGUCAUGAUGGAAUCCGUGUUUGAAUUUUCGACAAUUGUAUCUGGUAUCAAAAGAAGUGUAUUGGAAACACCAGAAAAAGGAGAAUUACAAACAUUUUCAUAAUCUCCAGUAUUUAGCGCAAGGCCUGAAAUAACAAUAACCAUUCUUGUUAUAUCAAGUGAAAAUAAACACGCGUUUUCUACAUUUGAAUAUAUAUGAAAGAUCCCUCUAAUUACUCUGCAGAAUCGAGUCAAAAUUUAUCAAAGCGAUUUGGAUAAAAUAACUCAUUUCUUUACAACAUGGAACAAAAAAGUAAAACAAAAGCUCAAAUAUUUCCUGUAAAUGCAAUAUCGUUUUAUGGAAAUAAUGAGAACAGAUUUAUUCCUUUAGCACCAAAUAUAUUAGGGACGAUAAACAAAAAAAUUGAUGAAAGCAAAUCAAGUCUGUUAUAUGAUUUUCCUAAUAAGAGAAUUACUAGAAAGCGUAAAGUUGGAGGAAUCAACAGUGGCGUAGGUCAUGGUAUUAAAAAGCUCAAAUGCAAAGUUAAUUAUAUAAAGAAUGAAUCAUUAGAAAUGGAUGAGAAUACUGUCACAGCAAAACAAUGUGAAACUUUACUGAAGGAGAACGUUGGAGAACUUGAAAAUUGUCAUAGUGUUGAAGAUUAUAAUCCCAACAAAAAAUUUUUUAAGCAUAAAAGACCAGCCGUAUUGCAAAUCACAGUUGGUAAGUUAAAACAUGACAAGAAUAUGAAGCAAGAGAAAAUAGUGAAGUAUUCCAAUGUAUUUGGUAGUCUGAAUUCAAAAAUGCAAUUUCAUAAGCAACUUAAUAUUGGACAGCAUGCAUAUUCCAAUUUAGAAGCUCGAAACAACUUUUCACAUAGUUCAACAAUUGUGAACAAAGCAUAUUUUGACAAAUAUAAACAUCAAGAAAAUCCUCAAAAGUUAUUGCCUACAAUGGAAAAUUUAAUAAAUUCAAGGCAUUUUAAAUUAUCUAAUGAUCGAGAAACUCGGGCUGAAAAUAAAGUUGAUGAAGGUAUUGAUCAAGAGUUUAUACUUUACCAGAAUUUAGCUAUGGAUAUUAAAAAUAAUAACUUUAGCAAUAACGAAAUGAUGACUGAUGUUGUAAUUUAUAAUCACAAAGACCUGACAAAUCAACUGGCUGUUGGAAAUAAUUUGUUUUUUAUAGAUAGUUGGAUAACUGAUGAUAGUUCUAAAAAAAAUAAUUUAGAAGAAAAAAACUUGCAUGACAGUGGAAAAUUGAGAUACAGUAGCACCUCACAACAAUAUGAGAAGGAUGUCAAACAUAGUAAUGUGAGGAAGAUCCAAUGUCAAAAAUGCAAAUUUGUCGAUGAACUUGGAAAUAAAAAUGAAGAAAUGGCUCAUUCUAAUAAUCAUAAUAAUUUUUGUGAUGUACAAUUGGAGGAAUGGAUAAAGGAACAUUCAGUGGAAAUCAGUACUGGAACUGAUAGCAUUAUCAUUAUUAAACCUUAUGAUCCUAAAACUUAUAAAGACAAAGUAUUUGAUUUAUUGAGAUUUAUAAAGACAGAAGCCAGUCUAUGUGAUUAUGAUCUCAUGGACAAUCAGAAGAAAAAUUUCUUUAUGUAUGUAAGAGAAAAAUUAAUAAUAGGAAUUCUAGUUGCUGAGCCAUUAGACUAUGCAUUUAGAUUUGAAUCAAAUUCAUCUGCACCAUUUCGUGUGUUUUCUGAAACAUUUUCAGUGAAAUGUGGAAUAAAUUUAAUUUGGGUUUCAAAAAAUCAUCGUAAACAAGGCAUUGCAACAAAAAUGGUAGACUGUCUUCGAAACUGUUUCUUCAAUAACUAUAGAAUGGAUGUGAGUGAUCUAGCUUUCUCAAUACCAACUACAAGUGGUAGGUACUUCAUAGAAAAAUAUGUAAAAAGUUGUGAUUUUAACGUUUUCUAGAAAAAUUAUUUGAGUGAUAUUCAUGCUCAGGUGACUGAGUAAAAAUUAGUUGAGAGCAAGCAGUUGAUAGUUUAAGUUUUGUUUAUUAAAAGAAAUAUUUUUUUAUUUAUUUUCCUUUUACAUUAAAUUACAUGUUAUUUAAUACACUGUGAUCAACUAAGCAAAGCUUUAAAAAAUAUUUCUGCACUGUAAUUAUAAAUUACAUUCAAAACCAUAUGUACAUACUUAAUUAAUGUAAUAAUUUUUUAUUUUA